AUGGCUACUUGGGCAUAUCCCCCACUGCCUGCAGAGCAGAUCAACCGGGAAGCCGAUGCUGCGUUGGCCCAUGAGCUUGAGUGGCUGUUGCAUUCGCUCCAAGAUUCGCUUGCUUCCUUGAAGGAAGGUCUUCAGGAAUGCGCCGCCCUGUUAGCUCCCCAGGAACCGGGAUCAACCUUGGUGUUGUCCUCGGUACGAUCGGAACAUGUGAAGGGCUACGUGACGAGAGUCGGUACCAAGGUGGUGAAGGGUGAUGUUCAAUUGCGCCUGGCAUCACUCCCGCCUACGCGGGGGGCUUCCAGCACUCGGUUGAGCUUAUCGCAGUCCCCUGGGGCUCCGGAGAUGGUUCUCCGUCAGCUUGUGUCAGUUCGUGAUCUGGUCGCCCAAAGUCUGGAUGUCGUGGACGUUAGCACGUGGACGGGCGACCCCCUGAACGCCGGGUUCAUUUUCAGUCAACUGCAUCUCUUGCUUGAGACCAUCAGCGAAGCGCGACUGAUGCUGAAAGGUGAAGGGAACGAGACCCGUGGCCAAUGGUGGGAUACAAGUGCCACUGAAUCUAUGUUCGACCCUCCACUUCCACCACAUCUAUCUUUUCAUCUCUCUAUUACAGACUCGGCUCUGGUACUGGUACUUAGGACGUUGGAGUCCACUUCACUUACCCACACGCCUACUCCGUUUAACUCGGACAUCUCUCUGACUGGGUUUUCCAUUCGGGAUCGACUCUUUGGCUCACGAGCGCCAACACAUGACGAAACUGGCCUCUCGUUCCAAUGGCAAGGUGAAGAGGUACGUGUGAAAGAAAAGGUGCGCGUGGAGAGUCAAGACCCUAGUCUGAUGGCUGUCAUGGCGAAACUCACAGCCCUUGAGCAUGAGGUGAUGCGAUGUGUGGGUGCACUGAAUAUUCUCAUGGGUAAUGAUGACACUGAGAGUGAGACUUGA